AUGGUUCCCCGGGAUGCGCUUGCCUUUAGUGGUGCUGGUUGGAGCCCUUCCGACCUGGAGGAGGAGGUUGAUCCUGAGGAUAUUCCCCAUGCUGAUAGGAUCCUCCGCUAUGAGAACUCGGACAGGGAACAGGUGGUGGAGACCAUCCCUUUUGCUUCUCCUCCGCACCGGAAAUCAUAUGAUGCUGUACCUGAGCAUUAUGCCGCUGCACCUCGGGGGAGAGUGCGUCGUUGGAUGCUCUUGCUUGAUUCUUGGAAGAGGUAUUGUGCCAAGCUAACCCGGAAGCUUUCUGGCCGGGACAGAGAGGUGCCUUUCUUGAUCUUGAAAUUUGUAUUAUGGAAAUUUGAACUUGGAUGUUGAUUCUUGAAAUUGUAUUUUGUAUAGG